AUGUAUAUAUUUUAUGUUACAGGUACUUUGCCAAAUAUAAAUGCUCGAGCAUUGAACGUUUCAAACUCAAGUGAAAUAUAUAUUAUAACUAGUUUUGAUUUUUCAGCUACUACGAAUUCAAAUUCUAUAUCUACUGUUCAAACAAGCGAAGCUACAAGUAGUAGUUCAACUCCAAGUAUAACCACAGAUAUACUUCAUAAUGGAACAUAUAUUAUAACAGGCACCUACUCUAUAACAACCGCGGGAACUAUUCAAACUAUAACUUCCAUAACAACUGCUAAUACUACGCCAUUCACUCCUAUUUCUUGUGACAACUCAACUCACAUUACAUGGACUAAUGGUACUUGUGUUACAAGAGAAUUUGCACAAACAUCUUCCAUCCUUACGAUAUUCAGUAAUUCUUCUAAUGAUACUGAAAAAGCCAAUGCUCUUUCAAUAUACAUAACUGCAAUUACUAACUCGAAUGUAACAUCAAAUUCAAAUAAUACUUUAACAGUUAAUCAAAUUAAUCAAGUAGUUGGUAAUUUAACCAAUGAUAAUUAUACAGUAAAUACUAAUGAUACAAUUCUUAUCAUAACAAGACCAAAUCGAGAACCUAAUGAAAAAACUACAAUAGGUGUUUCAUUUCAAGAAGAUGUUGGUGGUACAGUUGUUGAUACUAGAAAUAAAAAUUAUGUAACCAAUUCAAAUUUCUCUGCAGCGGGUAUUGUUACUGUUGGAUCAUUAAGUGAGGCUAAAUCUUUCAAUAUGUUUAUUAUAAAUGAUCCAACUCCAUUUGAAAAUUUUGAUAAUACAAGUAAUAGAACACUUUCAUCAUCAAUGAUUUUUGCUACAAUACAAGGAACACAAGUGAAUCGUACGAAAAUAUCUAUUGAUUUAUAUUUUCAAGUUUUAAAACCACCUAAAUCAACUGAAGAUGUCAAAUAUUUGUGUACAUUUUAUGAUACAAAUACUUCACAAUGGAAUGAAUAUGGUUGUACAAUACCUCAAUAUAAUA